AUGUACCGGUAUUGCUCUCGUAUCUUUAUUCAGCAAAGGCAGACCCACACUCUCUCAAGGUCUUUGCCCAUCAGAAAGUCGUUCGCAGAUCUCAAGGACGUUCUUGAGAAGGGAAGGGUCCAGUGCGGUAUCCCCGGGAUGAGUGUGGCCGUCCUCCACAAGGGCAAACUCGUCUUCGCAGAGGGGUUCGGAAAGAGGAACGAACAAGAACCUUUCACCGCUGAGACAUUGGCACCUAUUGGAUCCCUCACAAAGGCCUUCACAGCCACAGCCAUUGGUGAAUUGGUCGCAGAAGGAAAGAUGGACUGGGACAAGACACCAGUUAACAAGUACUUUCCAGAGUUUGAGCUCAAGGACCCAGUCCUGACUUCUCAACUGACACUCGUCGAUCUCCUCUCUCAUCGCACGGGUCUACCAAGAAUGGUUGAAUUUGCCUGGAUGGGGAGCACAGAGACUAGAAGAAACCUCAUUAAGCGCUUGAAGCAUGUGGAGACGACCUCCAAGCUAGGCUCGAAAUGCAUCUACAACAACAUUAUGUAUGCAGUCGCAGGAGAGGCUGCUGCUAAUAUCGCAGGCAUCCCAUACGAGGAUGUUGUGCGAGAAAAGGUGAUCAAACCCCUCGGUUUGGCCAACACUGGAUUCUCGCCCAUGGAGAUGAAGGGGCGAUCGCCCAACCAUGCCAUACCGCAUACUGCAGCUUCAUUCCAGGAUGCUCAAAAGGGAUUAUUCGAGCUAAUAGAGCUUGAUGAGGUCUACAUGGCUGACGCACCAGCUGGAGACAUGUACUCCAACGUCUUGGACCUUAUCCGCUGGGGCAAGACCAUCAUGAACACUGGCGAAUUGGACGGAAAUCAGAUUCUGAAUAAGGAGGCUCUCCAAGAGACUCUGACUGCGCAUACCAUCAUGGCUGGUCCUAGGCGUACGCCCGAAUUUGCUCCCGUAGUCACCUACGGUCUAGGAUGGGACCUGGACUCCUACAAAGGACACACUUGUUAUACGCACGAUGGUGCUAUCUCUGGUUUCCAGUCACGCCUGGACAUUUUCCCGGACGCGGAUCUGGUCAUUGCUCAACUCUCCAACAUCAAUAAGUCGGAGAUGGCUGGCGGCGUUGCAUGGUGUAUUGCGGAUGAAAUUCUCGACUUGCCAAUAACCCAAGACUGGAUCUUUGAUAACGCUAUCAGGACAACAAAAGAUAUAUACAAUUGGUAUGGAACUGAUCUCGACAGCCAGCUUCCCAAGCGUAUUUUGAACAAACCGGCAGCCCAGAACUUGCAUGCCUAUGAGGGCGAGUACGCCAAUCCGCUCUUAGGCGAUGUUUCUGUUCGAGUGGGCGUAGACAAGAAGACAGGAGAAGAAAUUUUGUUUUAUAAGAUGGGACCUUUUGACGGCAAUCUGGAGCAUUAUCACUUUGAUGCAUUUGUUCUUAGAUUGAAAGAUGUAAAUCUCAAGAUGACGGGUCUUGUGACAUUCCGGACAGGAUAUCACGGCAACGUGGAGGGGCUUCACUUUUCUAGUGAGGAGUUUAAGAAGGAAGACAAUUCUAAUGCCGACCCUAAUGAAACCAAAGAGGAGUAG